AACUGUGCAUGAGCUUUAUUUUUUUGCAGUAUAAAAUUCGCACGGAUUUAUUAGGAAAUUAUCAGUCAGCUCCCACACUACUAACUGUAAGGCACCAAAACCACUACCAAAACAGCAACAACAUGGUCAAAUACAUCACAUUUGUCGCCCUUUUCGCUAUCGCUACCGCUGCUCCCGGUUUCAUCGCUCAACCCGUUGUGACUAAAGUAGGUGCCGUUAUACACAGCGUUCCCUCGGCAACUUCUCAUCAGAGUAUUACCCAAGUGCAUAACAAUGCCCAUAUUGUAACACCUGUAGUGAAAACAUUGGCUCCUGUGGUCCAUGCUGCUCCUGUCGUUCCAGUUGUGAAAACUUACUCAGCCCCUGUGGUUCCAGUUGUGAAAACCUACUCAGCACCAGUAGUGAAGACUGUUGCCCCGAUCUUCCCAGUUGUGAAGACAUACUCUGCUCCAGUAAUUCAUGCUGCCCCAGGGGUUCCAGUUGUGAAGACGUACUCUGCCCCAGUGGUUCACCAUGUUCCAGUAGUGAAGUCUGUUGUUGCCCCAGUGGUGCCAGUGGUCCAGGCUGCUCCCGUUAUUAAAUCGUUUGUUUCCGCUCCAGUAGCACACUUUGUUCAUCACUAAAUUUAAAUUUUGCGUUCUUCAUAUACCUUCUUGUUUGUUUUAAAUAAAUGUACGACAUAUGCUUAACCUUACUUUGA